ACCGUCCAAGCGCUGAAGAUAGUUACCUGCCAUGUUGUAUAUAUACACAACAUAACCAAAGUUAACCUAUGUUACGUAGAAGCGUCGUGUGUUUAUAUUCUUUAAAGGACAUACAAUCGUUUUUGAAUAAGUGCAAGAAAUAUAAAAGUUAAGGAUGGAUUUUCAAAAUCGACCUGGAGGCAAAACUGGCGGUGGAGGCGUUGCCUCCUGGUCAGAGAGUAAUCGAGACAGAAGAGAACGAUUACGACAAUUGGCGUUAGAAACUAUUGAUCUUAACAAAGAUCCAUAUUUUAUGAAAAAUCAUUUAGGCUCUUAUGAAUGUAAACUGUGUUUAACGCUUCAUAACAACGAGGGCAGUUAUCUGGCCCAUACACAGGGUAAAAAGCAUCAAGCUAACCUAGCUAGGAGAGCUGCUAAAGAAGCAAAGGAAGCACCUCAAACUCUUGCUCCUGAAAAACCUCGGGUAGAACCAAAAAAGUUCGUAAAAAUUGGACGACCCGGUUAUAGGGUAACAAAACAACGUGAUCCAGAAUCGGGACAACAAAGCUUAUUAUUCCAAGUUGAUUAUCCAGAAGUUGCCGACAAUGUUAUUCCACGGCACAGAUUUAUGUCAGCAUAUGAACAAAGAGUUGAACCGCCAGAUCGUAAAUGGCAGUACUUAUUAUUCGCCGCAGAACCUUAUGAAACUAUAGCUUUUAAGGUGCCUAGUAGAGAAGUUGAAAAGGCAGAAGGAAAAUUUUGGACUCAUUGGAAUAAGGAUACAAAACAGUUUUUCCUGCAGUUUGCAUUUAAGAAUGAAAAACCAUCAGUUGGCAAAGUACCACCACCUCCAGUUCCUUUAAUACGACCUGGUUUAGGACCAACUAUGGUACCAGUUCCACCACCACCAAGACCACCAAUGUUUAAUCCAGUACCACCACCACCAGCACUUCUAGCCACAGGAAUGCAAAUACCUCCUCCACCUCCACAUUUAGCAUAAUUCUUUAAUAUAACAUACAAAAGCAAAAUAAGAAACUUAUAAUGUAUAUUUCUUUUAUUAUAAAUAAAGUGAACGUCUUUUA